CUUUCUAAGGGAAGGUAUCUAUCGGAUCAAACGUGGUUUUGGCGUGAAAUAGAAAUCAUUUUUCGAAAAGUAUGGAACGUAAAAGUGAUUAUUAUUAUGAUAUCAAUAGAAGAUUUUUGUGUGUAAUUGGUCAGUGGCCUUAUCAGAAGCCAAAAGCGAGACUAUUCUUCUUGGUUUUUCUACUCACAUGUUUGAUUAAUGUUUUCAUUACGCAGAUAGCAAAACUUUUAAUAUGCGAAGACGAACAAUGUAUUUUUGAAACUUUACCUAUCCAUAUCUUAAUGUGGAAUAUUUUGGUGAAACUGCUCACACUUCGCUUUAACAAUCAAAAAAUUAAAAAUCUCAUUGAUCAGUUAUUUGCAAACUGGAAUAUUUUCGAGACUCGGGAGGAACGUGUGAUUAUGAGAAAAUAUGCCGAGAAUGGCAGGCGAUACGUGUUGAUAUAUUCCUCAUACAUGUAUAUGACUGCUGUUUCAUUUGGAGUAAUUUGUCUCUGGCCACGAAUCAUGGAUGCAGUUUUUCCUCAAAAUACUUCACGUCCAAUAAUAUUAAUAUAUCCAGCGUACUAUUUUGUUGAUGAGGAGACAUAUUACUACUACAUUUGUUGCGACAUGCAAAUUAAAAUUGUGAUAUGUGUGACAGGAUUAAUCGCACACGAUUGUAUGUUCUUUACUUACAUCAAUCACGUUUGCGGUCUUUUUGCUGUGAUUGGAUAUAGAUUUGAACAUAUGACACAUAAAUAUGAUAUCGUGGAAGAAAGCCAGAUUGAUUAUCUGGACAACGUAUAUCAUGAACAAUUUGUAUUUUCAAUUCAUGUUCACCGAAAAGCUCUGCAGUUUGUGAGACUCAUUGAAAGUGUGUUUUCGAUCUCAUUCGCUAUACAACUUACAAUAGUUACGGUUGCUGUUAGCAUUACUUUAUUACAAGUCUCGACUAAGUUGCAUCAUAAUAUAGUGGAAGCGGCAAAAUACUUUUUCUUCAUUGUUGCUGAAUUAUACUACUUGUUCUGCUUCAGUUUACAAGGACAAAAACUGAUAAAUCACAGUCUCGACAUUCAUAACAAGAUUUACAAUAGUGCAUGGUAUGAAGCACCUAUCAAGAGGCAAAAGAUGUUGUUAAUCGUGAUGAGAGAAAGCAUCAAAGCUAGUACUGUGACUGCUUGCCGGAUAUAUGUAUAUUCUUUGCAAAAUUUUACGUCGAUUCUUCAAGCCGCAAUGUCAUAUUUUACGGUGUUAGCGUCCUUCAGUGAAUGA